UUCAGUCUCUGCCUUUGCUCAGCAUGCCUCAGCCACGGUCGCAGACUCACCUGCCAUGCUCUCAUGUCUCCUGCCUCUGCUCCUCUCCCUUCUCCCCACCGGGUCAUCCUGCCCAGACGGAUGCUCGUGCAAGGACGCUCACACCAUGGACUGUCGGGACCUGGGGCUCCUCCAACUCCCCUCCGGCAUCUUCCCUCUGGUCGUCAGGAAGAUCCUGAUGAGCGACAACCAAAUCCAGGAGAUACCGGCCGAUUUCUUCAUGUACUACGGAGACCUGGUCUACCUGGAUCUCAGCAACAACUCCCUGUCUACCAUCAGCAAAGGGACCUUCAGCACCACCAGACUCAUCUACCUGGACCUCAGGUACAACAACUUCUCCCGGCUGAGCUCCGGAGCCUUCAGCUCGGCACGCCGGCUGAUCAUGCUUCGACUGGGGAACAAUCCGAAGCUGGAGGAGGUGGACAAGGAGGCUUUCCACAGCCUGAGCGUUCUCCAGGUCCUGGAGCUGAACGACAACGCACUGGAGAUCCUGAGUGUCACCACCCUCAGCUCCUUGCCAUCUCUCCGCACCCUGAGGCUCGAGGGCAACCCCUGGCUCUGUAAUUGUACCUUUGCUAAUCUCUUCCACUGGCUGAAGGACAACGUUGAUGUUCUCCCCACAGGCUUUGAUGCCAUCCAGUGCUCCCUGCCCCAGGAUCGGAGGAAGAUCACCCUCAACGAGCUAUCGGAGAACAGCUUCAACGAGUGCGAGUUUAACCUGACCUUGACGGACUACCUGAUCAUCUUCUUCUCCGGAGUGUGUGUCUCCGUCACUGCCAUCACCACCAGCUUCUUCUUGGCCAAUGUCGCCCAGUGCUUCCAGAGGCUGGGGUUCUUCAAAGACAACGAUGAUGAUGAAGAUUAACUGACUGCACCAACCAGACACCAAACAAACUCGGACCAGGAUUUUUCUUACUUAUAUUCAAUUUCCAAAGAAAUGUUUUUACUUAAGUAUAAAGUGGCACAUUAAAAUACAAUAUAUUUACCUCAGUGGGGGGGGGAAAUAUUAAAAUGAUUUUGUUUUGUAA